GCACAGAGUAGUCGUGGCGGCCGCCUCUCACAUCCCUCCUGCCGCUUCAGUCUCCCGCUCUCUGCCCAUGAUCCGGGCCGCGCGCGCUCAGCGGCCCCUCACGGUUCAUCCUUCCCCCGCCCGCAGACCUCACCUCACCCGCAGCCCGCCGGCUCCUCUCCCGCGAGUCUGAUGACGGGCGGCCGCUUCGACUUUGACGAUGGGGGUACGUACUGCGGGGGCUGGGAGGACGGUAAAGCCCACGGCCACGGCGUGUGCACGGGGCCCAAGGGUCAGGGGGAGUACUCCGGCUCCUGGUCCAACGGCUUCGAGAUAGUGGGCACCUACACCUGGCCCAGCGGGAACCAGUACCAGGGCUACUGGGCUCAGGGCAAGCGGCACGGACUCGGCGUGGAGAACAAGGGCCGAUGGAUUUACCGGGGCGAGUGGGCGCACGGCUACAAGGGGCGCUACGGGGUGCGCCAGAGCCUCAACACACCCGCCAGGUACGAGGGCACCUGGACCAACGGCCUGCAGGACGGAUACGGCGUGGAGACGUACGGAGACGGAGGUACGUACCAAGGCCAGUGGACCGGGGGCAUGCGUCACGGGUACGGGGUGCGUCAGAGCGUCCCGUACGGCAUGGCGUCGGUGAUCCGCUCCCCCCUGCGCACCUCGCUGGCGUCCCUGCGCAGUGAGCAGAGCAACGGCACGGUGCUCCGGGACACGCUCUCCGACAGCCCGGCCGGCACCAGGGGCGGCUUCGUGCUCAACUUCCACUCCGAAGGCGACGGCGGGGAGAAGAAGAAGGGCCUGUUCCGCCGCGGCUCCAUAUUCGGAAGUCUGCAGCGCCUCCGGAAGUCCGACUCCCGCUCCUCCAUCUCCAGCAAACGCAGCUCCGCCCACAGCGACAGCACCAUGAGCCGCAUCAGCUCCAGCGACGCCAACUCCACCAUCAGCUUCGGAGACGGCGACGCGGCCGACGACUACCUGCCCCUGGAGGACAACGUGGACGCCACCACCACGGAGUCCUACAUGGGCGAGUGGAAGAACGACAAGCGCAGCGGCUUCGGCGUGUCAGAGCGCUCCAACGGCAUGAAGUACGAGGGCGAAUGGCUCAACAACAAACGCCACGGAUACGGAUGCACCAUCUUCCCCGACGGAAGCAAAGAAGAGGGCAAGUACAAGAACAACGUGCUGGCCCGGGGCAUCCGCAAGCACCUCAUCCCUCUGAAGAACACCAAGACCAAACAGAAAGUGGACCGGGCCAUAGAGGGCGCGAUCAGAGCUGCUGCGAUCGCCAGAACCAAAGUGGAGAUCGCUGUCUCGAGGACGGCCCACGCCCGAGCCAAAGCCGACGCCGCAGACCAGGCUGCGCAGUCGGCCAAUCAGGACUCAGACAUCGCCCGCGCAGUGGCCCGAGAGCUGGCUCCAAGCUUCCACCAGCCUGGUCCUGAUUACAUCCGACAGAAGUACAACGAGCCUCUGGAGGUGCAGGAGGUGGUGGAGGAGAAGAAGGAGAAGUCUCCGUCCGGAAGUCCUCACUUCUACAGAAAAGGCACCACCCCUGAGGUCUCGCCCUCCCAGAGCCCCCCGCCCGCCCCCUGCCCCCAGCCCCCGCCAACGCCUCCGCCCCCGCCCCCUCCCAAGAAGACCACGCCCACCCCCGCCAAGCCCACUGGCAAGGAGAACAAGGCUCCCACCCCCGAGGCCAUCACAACAGGAAUCACAAAAGCCGCAUCCAAGCUCUCUCUAAAACAGGACGUGAAGUCAGGAGAGCCCCUGCCUCUCAAGCCCCUGCCCCCCGCCCCGAGCUCCAACCCCAGCAACGGACAGAUCCACUCCCAGUUCCACAGUUACUACGUCAAGGCCGACAUCAAGAUGCCCCCGCCCGAGGAGCUGGAGGGUCUGGAGGACGACUUCCACCCCUCCAGCCUGGCUCGCUUACCCCCUCCCAGCAAAACAUUCGGAACUGCGGCCGGAAAAUCCCCACCCCCCCGCACCCCGUCGCCCGCCCCUCCGAAAGACGUCCCGAAACCCGCCCAAGAGCCCAAGCCCAAACGGCAGGAGUCCACCAAGCCAAAGAGCCUGGCAGAGACAAAGAAAGCCAGUAUGGAAAUAGUAGCGGACCUGGUGGAGGAGGAGACGGGUCCUAACUCCAUCCUGGUGGCUCUUGUGAUGCUCAUCAAUGUUGGUCUAGCAAUCAUUUUUGUCCAUUUCCUCACCUGACCAAACCUGAUCUCAGAGGAGGAGUGUGCUACCGCGCUGCCGAUGGGCCCCCGGACACGAGUGGGGGGGCCCGGCCGGCAGCCACUGGUGUCAACGGCCGAGCGAAAGUAGAAGGACUGUGAAGGAGAAGGCUGCGAAGAGUCACUUAGGACUGAGGAAGAGAGAGAGAGAGAGAGAGACAGCUGAUCAGAGACCACCACCACCACAACCACCACCACCACCCCCCGCUUCCCCAAAAGGACUGUGGACCCUGAGCCACUCCACUAGAACACUGCCCAGGCUGCUCCUACGCCCCGGGAGGAGAGAGAAAAAGAGAGAGAGAGAGAGAACGUGAGGGUCAGCACUGGCACUGCCCACCCAGAGCCUAUAAUAACAUAUGUGUGUGUGAGUGUGUGUGCGUGUGUGCGUGUGCGAGCGGUACUGUCCAGCUCAUGUCUACAAAUGCUACAAUAAAACCAGUUUGU